AUGACUCCUGAACUGGUCGGAGAAACGAUUGAGCAAGUGGAACUCCUCAAUAAAAGAUUGAAAGUAGCACAUGACCGUCAGAAGAGUUACGCCGACAAACACAUAAAGAAUCUAGAGUUUUCAGUAGGAGACAAGGUGUAUUUAGAAAUGAGGACCUUCCGAGGGAGUGACCCAAACCGGAAGUUGAAGAAGUUGAGACCCAGUUGCGUACCGGCUGGCACUACCGUUAGAAUUUCUGACUUUCAUGAUUUGUUCCACAUCUCUGUGCUACGGAAAGUGGUACGAGAAUCUGAGUUAAUCCUGCCGCGUCCACCUGCAGAUGCACAACGUAACCUGUCAUUGGUUAGCAAACCAGUGAAGAUUGUGGACGAAAAGGAAGUGGAUAACCGCGGACGGAAAGUAAAGAUGGUGCUAGUUCGCUGGACGAGGGAUGGAAUCCACGAGGAUGUGUGGGAACCUGAGUAUCAUCUGAGGGAUGAUGAAAAGACCAAAGGUGGGGAUGGGGAUGGAGGAGACGGUGAGGUCAGUGAGGAACGAGACGAGCUAGCUGGAGUCCUAAGAGCCGUUGUGGCGGCUGAUGAAGGAAGAGACGGUAGAGAACUAAGAGAAGGAGUGGAAUGA